UUAUUUUUAUUUAUUUUUUGCCCCUGGCCGAUUAAAGAGGUGCUUACAAGCCAAACACGUUAAUUGCUUAACGGUUUGAAGGUUCUAUUUGUUUAUUUUUUUUAUUGCCUCUUAAUAAGAAGGCACUAGCGUUUGUUUACUUCUUGCUUGAAUCUGAAAUAAACAUCUUAACCGAAUAAGACUUGGGAGUAGUCUGAAUGUGAAACACACACACACACACACACACACGCUUGCCCAUUAGGCCCUUACGCUUCUCCUUCUCCUUCAAUCGACUCCACCACUUCAUCUGAGCGAAUCACACCUGCUUCUCCUUCCACCACCAUCGGUCCUCUAAUCCUUCAAUUGAUGGUCGGCGGCUCCUCUGAAAUCGACGUAUCUGAAAAGACAUCGCUUGCCAUCUGUUGCCCUCUGCUACGCUCCUCCUUCAGUCACGCCUCUGCAAUCAUCUCCCUUCCAAUCGACGCACAGAUUCAGAGCCGACCCUCACCAUCGGCGACAGCAACCACCGAUCGCCGCCUUCCUCCGGCCAUUCCCUGUCGAUACAACAAUGGUGAGAUACGUAUACUUAGGGUUCCAAAUCUACGGAGAAACCUCUCUCCUCUCUCGCAAUUAAGUUUUCUCUCGAAUUAUUAUAGAGAAUUCAUUGUAGCGUUAAUUAAUCGGUCCGAUUUGUUACGAGCUAGUUUCAUAGGCUGCUUUCUGAUUGUUAUAAUUUGAAGCUCGGUACAAACAGAGCUGGUUUGAUCAUUGUGGUGCAGCUCAUGGUUAGGUAAUGAAGAAUAUACAUGAGAGGACUGAUUCUUCAAAAAAUUCUUAUACAAGUUCAACUGAUUCUCCAGAUCAUAGAAUUUGUGGUUCUUCUUCUUCUUCCUCCAACUAUUCUGAAGCAGGAUCAAGCACUCACAAAUCCCCAAAAUCAUCAUCAUCAUUGUGGUCAGGAUUCUUGGGAUCUGCCUUUUCAGUUUUUGACACCCAAAAGAAGGACUCCAACACCACCACUAGAAGCCAUGGUUGGACUGCAGCUGUGAAGAGAGUCAUGAAUGGUGGCUCAAUGAGGCGAAUUCAAGAACGUGUUUUGGGGUACAAAACCAAUGUUUCUAACUCAAUAAGUGAUAUUUGGCUUCUAGGUGUUUGCUACAAAAUUUGUCUACAAGACCCUUCUCAAGAACCUGUUCAUACCACUGGAUAUGCUGCUUUUUCUCAUGAUUUUUCUUCAAGAAUCUUGAUGACAUACCGAAAAGGUUUUGUUGCUAUUGGUGAUUCAAAGUACACAAGUGAUGUAAAUUGGGGCUGUAUGCUUCGAAGCAGUCAAAUGCUUGUUGCUCAGGCAUUGGUAGUACAUCAACUAGGAAGAUCUUGGAGAAAACCUUCACUACAGCCAUAUGAAGAAGAUUACAUUUCAAUACUACACAAUUUUGGUGAUUCAGAGGACUCACCUUUCUCCAUUCACAAUCUCCUUCAAUCUGGAGAGGGUUAUGCCCUUGCUCCAGGAUCAUGGGUGGGCCCAUACGCAAUGAGUCGCACAUGGGAGACACUCGCACGUAAAAAAAUUGACGAAAAUAACCUUCAAGAUAACUCCUUUCCAAUGGCUAUUUAUGUUGUUUCUGGUGAUGAAGAUGGGGAACGUGGUGGGGCCCCUGUUCUUUGCAUUGAAGAUGCUUCAACUCAAUGUUCUCAGUUUUCAAGAAACCAAGUUGAAUUUUCACCUUUGCUUUUGCUUGUUCCUUUGGUUCUUGGUCUUGACAAAGUAAAUCCUAGGUAUCUACCAUUGUUAGCAGCCACAUUUACAUUUCCACAAAGCCUUGGCAUAUUGGGUGGGAGACCUGGUGCUUCAACUUAUAUCAUUGGUGUUCAGGAUGAUAAAGCUUUUUAUCUUGAUCCCCAUGAAGUUCAACAGGCGGUUAAUAUAAGCAAGGAUAAUUUGGAGGCUGAUACUUCUUCAUAUCAUUGCAAUGUUGUACGCCAAAUUCCACUUGAAUCCAUCGAUCCAUCACUGGCUAUUGGAUUUUAUUGCCGAGACAAAGAUGAUUUUCAAGAUUUUUGUUCACGGGCAUCGGAAUUAGCAGCGGAAUCAAAUGGGGCACCGCUAUUCACAGUGACUCAGACACGCCAGCUGGCAAAGCCAGGUGGCACAAGCAGGGGUGAAGAGGAGGUUGAUUCCUUUGAUGGAGUUGAUGAUGCCGAGGGCUCUGCGCAAGAUGAGUGGCAGCUUCUUUGAUUCCGAUUCCGAUUCCGGGGUUGUAGAUUCCAAUUUCAUGUAUGUGGUUUUUCACAACCCUGUAGGUAGGUCUCUGCUUUGGUUGUUUUAAAAACAGAAGUUGUACAUGGUGCUUGUAUGAUUGUAAACCUCGGAGGAGUUGUUUUAGGUGUUGGUUGUGUUUGUGUUUGUUACGAUUUGGUGUUCAUAUUCUUUAUAAAUCUCAGAUGGUUGCAUUCUUUUAUGUUUAUAAUAA